AGGGGUGUUCAAGUCCAGAUGGGAGAGAGUAGUAAUUAUGGGAGAGAUGCAGCCUCUGUAUUGCAGAUACGCGUUGCAGAUAUGCGCCGCGUGCUUGGACGUUCUCCCUUUUUCCCUCCCCUGACAGGUGCCUGGAUGUCCGUCCUGAGGCUGUGAUGGGUGAUCUGUUUCGAUUGCGGAAGAACUCGUGUGUUACCACUUGGACUAUACGGAGUACGCCGAAUCAUAAUCUCCAGACAUAGGGCGCCAUAUGACGACAGAUGCCUCGUUAAGCUCUGGCAAGAUGAUUCUGGUAUCUAGUAUUAUUAUUCUGUUCAACUUGCUGCUGUUCGGUCUUUCUUCGAGGACUAUCAGCAUCCAACGCCAAGAAACCACGGAAAGCCAAUGUCUGCAUGGCACAGGGGCGGCGGUGGGGAAUCAGCUCGCUCGUCCACGGCUUCAACGUCUGAUGGGAUUGGAACCACCCGAAAGCCUCGAUCGCGGAAGGCGGAUGUGCGUUGCGAUUGGGCCGCUAGACGGCUACUGGCCAGCGCUGAGAGAAAAGAGGGGCCAAUGUCCGUCGCGGCGGCGGCCAGAGGGGAUCACCGCGAUCGAUCAGCCGCUGCGCUCUCAUGGGCUGGGGUUAGUUAGUUAGUUAGUUAGUUACACGGACGUUCGAGGGGGGAAAAGCAGCACA